GGGAUUGGCGUUGGGAGAAGAGUGCCAGAUGGGAGAGAUUGGGGUGUAGGCGAUAUUUAGGCCUGGAUGGGGUUGUUUAGGGGUUCGGUCGCUAGUUUAUAGAGGAGCUAAUCUAUUUAGGAAAAUGAACCAAGACCAGCCAUUUUUAUCAUUUUUAAGCAGUGAAUGGAAUGAAGGAUCUUUCAAAUUUUUGGAGCAUUUGGAAGAAGAUCCCUUUGCUCAUUGGCAUCAUCAAGAACCAAAACUUGAAGAGCAAGAAGCAUUAUUCAAAAGCCAACAAAAAAAAGAGACAAACAUAUUUGAGAGAAAGAGAACUAAGAUUUCUUCAUCAAUCUCGGCUUGAUCUAAUGAUAGGACUCAUAAGCAAUUGUUAGACAAUGAUUCAUUUGUUAAGCUUGAGAAAGAUUCUUCACAAGAAGAUGAAUCUAAGUCUGUUUCCCCUUCUGGGAUGCUUGAUCAACAAUUCGUGAUGAAAUGAGAGGAUUCUUCAGCCAGACAACCUUACUCUCCAGGCCAGAAUUCGUGAAGGUCUGAUGUUGUUAGGAAGAGUAUUAUUAGAGCCAUUAAAAGAUAUUUUUGCCAAAUCUUCUCAAUGGGCAACCCUCACAUCAAGUCCAUUAAGAACAAGCAAGGCAUGGACAGUCUUGACAGAAUUGAACAGUAUUGAGAAAAACACUUCAAACACAAAUUGGAUUUGGGUGAAGAUGAGCAAGUUUCAAGAGUGCAUCAGCUCCUAGAUUACAAGUCCAUCGUUGACAAGGAUGUUCUAAGUGAUGAAGUCAAGACUUACUACGAAAUCAAAAUCCUGAUUGCCUGAAUGGCUCUGAGGAUUCCUCUCAAGAAGAAGUUCUGCCUUCCAUUUGUGAGACCUUGCUUUACUAUGGUCUAUGAUAUAUUUUCGAAAUAUUCUCAUUUGAAGCUGAAAAUGCUAAUGGAAUUCAAAGCCUUCAAGAUAAUUUUCACUGAGCUUGUUGAGCAAGGACUCAUAGACUUGCUGAUUACUGCAGAUCCGACUUUCUCUACAAACAAGGAAGCUUACAUCAAAAAUUUAGAAGAAUUGCAAAAACUUGUUGACGAAGAUAAUUAA